CUGAAGGACCUUGCUUCCCUCCAUCAUGACCGCUUCAGAAGAGACACGGCCUCUCCUCAACGAGGAUGGCGAGCGUGUGCCCGAUGAAGAGAAUGUGACGAAGGAGACCCCAUUGCCGCUACGACAGCUCGCUAUCGUCUACCUCAUCCAGUUCUGUGAGCCGCUGACGGGGCUUGUGAUCUAUCCCUUCAUUGCGGAGCUAGUACAAGAAACGGGGAUCACUAGAGGGAACGACAAGGCGACGGCUUUCUACGCAGGCAUCGUUGAAUCCCUCUUUUUCUUCUCCGAGUUCUUGACUUGCAUGCUCUGGGGACGUCUUUCCGACUAUCAUGGCCGUCGACCUAUUCUACUCAUUGCACCGUUCGGGCUGGCGGUCGCCACAUACGGCUUCGGAUUUUCGAAGACCUUCUGGCUGCUCUGCGUCUUCCGCUUCAUGCAAGGCGUGUUCAAUGGCAACGUUGGCGUAUCAAAAAGUGUAUUGGCCGAGCUCACAGACGCUACCAAUCGACCUCGGGCAUUCUCUAUGCUGCCGCUCAAUUGGUCGUUCGCUGGCAUCCUGGCGCCUAUCAUCGGUGGUACAUUGUCGCACCCCGUCAAGCACUUUCCAGGCGUCUUCGGAAAUGUGUGGCUGCUGCAGAAAUUUCCGUACCUUCUUCCGUGCGCCGUCUCUGCUACGAUUUCUUUGGGUGUCUUCUUAUUUGCGCUUGUCUAUCUGAAGGAGUCCCUUCCUUCCGCCCUCGAACAACAAAGAAAGGCGCCCUCUAACGCACGUGAAGCGGCCAACGCCGCGCGCGACUACGGCACCAUCGCGGAUGAGCUGCAGCCAUCCCCUACUGAGCUCGCUCCGCCUCCUGCCGUCAAAGCCCUCCUCCGCGAUCCCUAUGUGAGCAAAGUCCUCGCGACGUACGCCAUCUUCGGCUUCUGCGACAUGUCGCUCUCGUCCUUGGUCCCCAUCAUUCUUUACUCGGACAUUCAAAAUGGCGGAUUGAACUUCGACCCCUUAACUAUCGGUACCAUCAUGGGCAUCUGGGGCGUCUUCAACACGAUCUUCCAGCUGGUAGGUGCGCCGUACUUCAUCAAGCGCUUCGGUCCGCGGGUGAUGCAGAUGACGGCUGCUGUCGCUGCUGGGCUCAUGGCCGUGCUGUUGCCCACGGAGAAUUAUAUAGCGCGCCAGAUUGGAUAUGUGAAUGGCGUCGUGAUGGUCCUCCUCGCACUCCAGUAUCUGUGCUUGUCGUUCACAUUCGUCGGAUACGGCACGAUAUACAUGUUCGUCGUCGACAGCGCCCCGACGUCGAACUCGAUGGGCGCUGUAAAUGGCCUUGCACAGGCUUCAUCGACGUUGGUCCGUACGUUCGCGCCGUGGAUCUCAACGUCGCUAUUGUCGCUUUCGCUGCAGAAGAAUAUACUCGGUGGACGCUUCAUCUACCUGUUCGUCAUUUGCGUGGCGUGUGCGAACUUCUACAUGACCACCUUCUUGCCGAAGCAGCUUCGGAAUGCUCACUAGUAGCACUACAAUUCUAGACCCACUGCGUAGUAUGCUUUCUAUAGAGUAGUAUACUAUACCCUCUGACGAAUAUACUUGUGGUGUGGCGAUAUCAUUGACCUUCCCUUAGGUGGACAAUAGAAUGAUGCGGUCACUGGACGGAGCCU